CUUAGGUAAGCAUCCUGUGUUAUCGCACGUUCUACGUUCUCAGAUUAAAAUUUUCAUUGAAAGUUGAAAUGGCCGACAAUAUGGAUGAUCUGCUUGAUUACGAAGAAAAUGAAGAUGUUGAUGCAGUAGAAGAGAGAAAUGGAGUCUCACAGAAGAAAGAUGUCAAAGGAACCUAUGUGUCCAUUCACAGUUCUGGAUUCAGGGAUUUUCUCCUAAAACCAGAGUUAUUGAGAGCCAUUGUUGACUGCGGAUUUGAACAUCCAUCUGAAGUUCAACAUGAGUGUAUACCUCAGGCCAUUCUUGGCUUGGAUGUUGUGUGUCAGGCAAAAUCCGGCAUGGGUAAGACGGCCGUUUUCGUGCUGGCAACACUUCAACAGCUGGAGAUCGUUGACAAGCAAGUUUCCGUUUUGGUGAUGUGUCAUACAAGAGAAUUAGCCUUCCAAAUAAGUAAAGAAUACGAAAGGUUCAGCAAGUAUAUGAAUGGUGUCAAGAUUGCUGAUGAAGCAACUUGGAAAAAAACUGUCCCCCAAAUGUUGUUUGGUACCCUGGGAAGAAUUCUUCUUCUGGUUAGGGAAAAGACUUGGAAUCUGAAGCAUUUGAAGCACUUCAUUCUUGAUGAAUGUGACAAAAUGUUGGACCAAUUAGAUAUGAGAAGAGACAUUCAAGAAAUCUUCAAAUCAACCCCUCAUGAGAAGCAAGUCAUGAUGUUCUCUGCCACACUCGGAAAGGAUAUUAGACCUGUCUGCAAAAAAUUCAUGCAAGAUCCAAUGGAAGUAUACGUGGAUGAUGACUCCAAAUUAACAUUACACGGUCUCCAACAACAUUAUGUAAAAUUGAAGGACAAUGAAAAGAAUAGAAAGUUGUUUGAGUUGUUGGAUGCUCUUGAGUUCAACCAGGUGAUCAUAUUUGUCAAGUCCAUACAGAGGUGUGUGGCUCUUUCUCAGCUGCUCGUCGAACAAAACUUUCCUGCCAUUGCCAUCCACAAAGCAAUGAGUCAAGAUGACAGGUUGAGUCGUUAUCAGCAGUUCAAAGAUUUCCAGAGUAGAAUACUAGUUGCAACUAAUUUGUUUGGCAGAGGGAUGGAUAUUGAAAGGGUCAACAUUGUCUUCAACUAUGACAUGCCUGAAAACUCUGACACUUAUCUUCACAGGGUUGCUCGUGCUGGCAGAUUCGGUACAAAAGGAUUGGCUGUGACUUUUGUGUCAGAUGAAACUGAUGCCAAGGUGCUGAAUGAGGUGCAGGAAAGGUUUGAAGUGAACAUCACCGAACUACCUGAUGUCAUUGACCACACUACAUACAUUGAGAACAACCAUUAGAUGGAGUGAAAAUCAUUGGAUGAAAUGAUACCCUGAGACAUUGUACAUAUUGUUUAUAACUCUGAAGAUAAUUGCGAUAUAUAUUGACAUUGAUGUAGACGCUUACAAUUGAUCAAUGGUACAUUUAAAGACUUCUGUGUGUCUACAUUUAUAGUUACGCAAUUAUGCUUCCUUACAUUGUUGAUAUAAUUUUUUAUAUAUUUUUUUAAUCAUGCUGUGACUGCUUUGUUUAAUGUAUAUCUAUACCUGUAAUAAGUUAAACUGUUAAAUGUAAAUAAAGAGUAAUGAAAAACUG